GCGAGCAGACGCUGGAGCGAGCAACAACUGACAUGCUGCGACCUUGCAUACUUUUCUUAUUUAUCUAUUCAGCAACAGCCAUCAGAUACAAACCAAAACCAGUCCACAUGAUAGCCAUCAAAGACCAUGUAUUUGUGGGAGAAGACCCGAAAAUUAAAGCCGAGCUUGCACGAAGACUGGGCUCUGACAAAGACAAUCACGCGUACUUCAAGGGAAAUGACGAUUACAACAAAACUGACCUACCUGACUACCUCAUUAUGGAUGAACAGAUAUAUCUGAAUAGAUCCCUGCGAAGACAGAAUAUCUUCAACGAUCCAAAGGAAUAUCACAUCAAUUUCAAGAUCCUCGACAUGAUAAGGCAAGCGAUCUACGCAACCCAGUUCCGGUUGGAUGUGUUAGACAAGAUUUUGGUAAAGUACAUCAAUGAGGAGAAGUUCCGCGUCGGCUACAUGUUCGGCAAACUGGAAGAGUGGCUCCACAACAUGAAGAGCAUCUGGACGGUGGUGUGGCGAACGCGGGUGUACUAUAGCGGUCCGAAGGCACGUCAGUUCAGGGUGUACAAGCACCUUCUCUACUACGCGCACAUGUUGCGCAGGAACAUUGAUAUCACUUACACUGUGGAAGAAAUUAUACGGAUACAUAACGAGAUCUACACAUCAAUCAAGUCUGAGGAGAAGGAUUGAAAUGUCUUAUUUAUUUAUUUAUAAUCAGGAGAACUAGUAGUUGUUACAUUAUAACUAGCUUCAAUAAUAUAUAACAGUAAUAAUAGACUUAAAUGCACAACAUUCUAAGGUGUCGCAGCAUUCAUUAGGAAAAAAAUAAGACCAGUAUUAAGUCUU